CAGUUUGUUUAGUUAAAGGGAGAAAAAUCAUAAACAGAUCGUGCCAGGAAGACAGCAGGAUCUGGACAAUCUCUUCUCUCUGCCUCCCCUCCCCUUCUCCUCCGUUACAUAAGUCCACACUGGCAGGAGGGGUCAUUUCCCUGCCUGAACUCCUUGACAGAAGCGGUCGCUGCUUUCCUUUUCUCCAGCAUCUGUAUUUUUUACGGCACACUACAAUGAGGAUCAUCAUUGCUCUGAUUCUGUUAACCGCAGUAAAUAGGAGCCUCAACGCAAUAAUCCGACCUGAAGCUGACUCAGCAGACAAGUCAGCUCAUCCCACCAGCAUUCCAGUGACGACAGAUGAAUCUUGGAUCAAUGAGAUAUUAAUGAAUGGGGCGGUGGAAGAGGAUAUGAAGGAGACCGGAGAGCUAAACCCAAAUUACUAUCCUGCUCAGAUGGCAGCCAAGGUGGUCGAACACUACCUCAACACCCGCUAUGGCUCACCGUCCAAGCUGUUCUUACUGCACGACGUCCACAAAGCAAACGCGGAGGAUGUGGCAGACUCUGGAAGAAAGUAUCAGCUGGAGAUCUCAAUGCAGGAGAUCAUAGGGAAUACUACAUGGACUUGCUCUGCAGAAGUUUUGUUCCCAAGAGGUGAACAGCAGCGUUCACCUCAGGUUAAGGCCUCAUGUGAAGAGCUCUUAAAAAUCAACACUACAGCUCAAGACGAGGCCUUGUACCAGCAGUACAAGAUGAACCAGAGUCUGCUGUCGGUACAACAUUUACCUGAUAGCUACGGUAAUAUCGAACCUGGCAUGAAACCUUUCUGGCACCUGGGAGCUGUGGCCUCCAGUUUUGUCAUGUUGAAUGAAUCCACUGAAGACACUAAAUACAACAUGGCUCAGGUGGCCAACGUCACACAAAUGGCAACUGAGAACGACCAGCUGAAGUUCGACUAUGACGUACUGCUGCAUGAUAUGGUGUCCCAGGAAAUCAUUCACUGGAAACUGCUGAUCACAUGGUCUCCUCCAGAGGGAGUUAAAGUGCUGCAGAUGACAAUGCUGCCCCGCUGCUUUGAGUGUGAAAAACCUCAUUAAUAUUGAAACAUUAAUGCAAAGUACAUACAUACAAAGUAGAACAGCAAGUAUGAAGUUUUUAUUUGCUGUUGAUGCUUGCAGUAUUCACUUUUGUAACUUUAUUCUAUCAAAAAACAAAUGAAUCUAUCAUACAUAAUGAUGAUAUCCUUACACUCUGCUACUUUACUAGUACCUCUGAUUGCUAGCGUCAAUACAGUCAAAAUAAACUGUUUAUACAGAG